AUGGACGAAAAUGGGCACCUCCGGCCCCAUUCUCGUAACAAUAACACUUGGUGUGGCAAGCACACUGGUCAUUGCUAUGCCCAUCCCAAGGCAGACUGGAGCCACUUGAGCUUAUCGAAUGAGGCCCUCAAUUUAUGGACAAAUCAUAUUUGUGAAGGCAGGCCAGGUGUUACACUGAAACAACCACCCCACCACAAACUGUUUGAGGUAGGAGGCAUCAAAUGCAACUCCAACUGGAAGCGUGUUCAUCUGGCUUCCCCACUUCAUGUUGCCAAACACGUAAUGGUCAAGUCUCCAACUGUCGGACCAAGCACACCAACCCAUGCCAAAACCCGUGCCAAGCAUGUUCCAUCAGCUUCUCCCCUCAUGUCACCAAACGUCACAUCAACCCAUUCCCCCCUCGUUGAUCUCAACAUGACUGUCAUCAACUUGAUGUCAUCAUUGCCUGUGAGAGCCUCAACAUCAACCACUUGUGUCCAGCACCAAUGCCCUAUCAAACAACAAUCAGCUGCUAUUAUUGAUAUUCCUUCGUCACCAAGUGAACACCUCUCACGCAAACAUCACAAGUCACCACCCAUCAUUUGUCUCGACUCCGACUCUGACUCCGACUCCGACUCCAAGUCCGAUGCAAAAAACGAACCCAAUGCUGAUGGCAAUAUUGGGGGUCAGGUUAAAGUUGAUCCCAUGGAGCUCAGUGAUGAUGAGCUUGAUGAUACCAUCCCAGACAUAUUAUCCUGA